AUGGUGGCUCCUCUCCCUGACUGCUCUGCUCUCUCCACAGACACGAGUGGUGAGAACAUCGCCGAGUCCCUGGUGGCCGAAGGACUUGCCUCCCGUCGGGAAGGGAUCCGGGCCAACAACCCCGAGCAGAGCCGGCUGGCAGAGCUGGAGGAGCAGGCCAAGAGCGCCAAGAAGGGGAUGUGGAGCGAGGGCACGGGGUCCCACACCGUGCGGGACCUCAAGUACACCAUCGAGAACCCCCGGCACUUCGUGGACUCCCUGCACCAGAAGCCGGUCAAUGCCAUCAUCGAGCACGUGCGGGACGGCAGCGUGGUGAGGGCCCUGCUGCUGCCCGACUACUACCUGGUCACCGUCAUGCUCUCGGGCAUCAAGUGCCCCACGUUCAAGCGCGAGGCCGACGCUCCCGAGGUCCCGGAGCCGUUUGCGGCCGAAGCCAAGUUCUUCACGGAGUCCCGGCUGCUGCAGAGGGACGUGCAGAUUGUCCUGGAGAGCUGCCACAACCAGAACAUCCUGGGCACCAUCCUGCACCCGAACGGGAACAUCACAGAGCUGCUGCUGAAGGAGGGCUUUGCCCGGUGUGUGGACUGGUCCAUCGCCGUGUACACCCGUGGGGCCGACAAGCUGCGCGCGGCCGAAAGGUUCGCCAAAGAGCGCAAACUGAGGAUCUGGAGGGACUACGUGGCCCCCACAGCAAACCUGGAUCAGAAGGACAAGCAGUUUGUGGCCAAGGUGAGGGGCAGG